CGUCCUAGCAUGCCAAGUCAAGCCUAAGCCAUCGCCUGGCAAUUUAUUGGACAUGCAAUAAUGCAAUAAACGUCGUAGCGGCUGGCGGAAAGGUCGGCGGAGAUUGAAGUUUGUUUCGCAGGGUGGAGUUUCCUUGUCAGUGGAACAGGAAGAAGGGCGAUCGCUGCGUCGGAACACAGAAAACUUCCUGAUCCAGCGGGUUAAAAGGAGUUUAGUGAAGCACCAGUCAACGUGUUAUCAUGACAGUAUCCUCCUGCUCAUCCACGAAGUCCUGUCAUUGUGGCUUGCUGUAUCCAUAAAAGUACUCUGCGCUUUACUUGAAGUCAGCACUUUUCGUUUCUUUUGGUGGGUGUUGAUCGCCUCAAAUGGCAGAGUCCCACAGUUUCCUCUCUGAGCUGGGCUCGGAUUCCGCCUGGUCUCUUCUGUCCUGGGUGGCUUCCUUGCUGAUGAUCUUUGGCGGUGCAGCCCCCUACAUCCCUCAAUAUCACGACAUCCAAAAGAGUGGCAGCGCCGAGGGCUUCUCCAUCCAUGUGUGUUUAGUGAUGCUGGUGGCCAAUAUCCUGCGCCUCUUCUUUUGGUUUGGGAAACAUUUUGAAGUGACUCUCCUCUGGCAGAGCAUUGUCUUAAUAAUCACCAUGCUGGCCUUGUUGCACUUGUGUUGUACUGUACAGAGAUCAUCCAGAAUGAGCACCAGUAGACACUUUUUUACAGAUUUUGAUCCAAGAUAUUUUUGGGCCUGGAGCCGCUUUCUUGAUUACAUCCAGUUUUGUUUAACCUUCACUGUGUUGUGCCUCUUUAUUACGUACCUGCUGAUUGACUCUCAACUUUAUGUGGAAACUCUUGGCUUCUCAGCUGUCCUCAUUGAAGCCAUGUUAGGAAUGCCUCAGCUUUUCCAAAACUUCAAGAACAAGUCAACAGCAGGAAUGAGCGUGAAGAUGGUGCUGUUGUGGACACUGGGUGAUAUCUUUAAAACAGCCUACUUCAUUAUUAAUGCAACUCCAGUACAAUUCUGGAUUUGUGGAACUGUUCAGAUUUGCAUUGACAUUGCAAUUUUCUUUCAGGUUUUCACUUAUGGACAAGGAGAGCAUGAGAAAUAUAUCUAAUAAGAUUGCAUAGUGACAGAGAAUGACUGCCAGGGUGGUAUAAUACUAUGCACAAUGUCGCUUUAAUAUAUUUUUCUUCCCAUUUCUAUGGAAGAAUAUCCUGUGCUUUAACAGUAUUGAAAGUAUCUAAAGUGCCUUAAUAGAAAAAAAAAUUCUGCCAUAACUUAUUUCCUGCAGGAUGCAUUCUGUUGCUGUCCAAAAUCUCCAAAACAUGAAGCAAAUUGUACUUCAAACAUGAAUGGGGAAGAGGUGUCUUUAAAAUCUCACCAUUUAGCUAUCAGUACAAUGAGGCCAACAAGAACAGAGAGGCAUUCAGCCUUGUUAAUUGUGCAGUAAGGUCUGACAAGAUGAAUGCUGCUGGAAAACAAGAAAAAUCUCCUCACGCCUUAAUAUAAACUAAACUUGUAUUAUUGACUAAGUUUUAUGUACAGGCUGCUGGUGGGAACUAUACUCACCGCGAAUACAUCGCUUGUCAUUUUCCACUAUGCACUGGUGGUGGGUUCAGUUCGUGCAUUGUCAGAGCAUAAUCAGAAAGUUAUUUCCUUUCUAAUCCUUUAAUAGUUCUCGCACGAAUUACUAAAAUCUAAACAGAGUUGCUUUAUUUAUAGCAUUUAUAGCGUUUCAUGUCUCCUGUUUAAAGACAAUAUUUUAAAACAAGUUUCAUCUAAACGAAUUGGAAAUUUUAAAAAUACAGUGCAUAUUUGGAGCCUAAAUCAAUGAGAAAAUAUUCUUCAAUGUAAUCUUUUCAAGAAUCAGUUCCAGUAUGUUAUUGCAUGCUAUUGUCCAUUUGAAACACUGAAAAUAGUCCUGUUUGAUGUCCCCUCCAAAGUUUUAUUCUAUUUCUACUUUCUUUUGUAUUUCACACUGUUACAUUGUCUUCUUUAAAAAAUCAAUUAUGCAGCUUUAUUCUUAGCCUGUUCAACCAAUUGGUACAGCAACUAAACAUAAAAUUUAAUUUGCCAAAACAUAAAUGCACAGUGAGGUCUAUGAGUGAAUAAUUGGGGUAGUAACUUUGAAUAAUGAGUGUCAUAAAGAUGGGCAUUAUUGCUGAAAACAGUUCCAAUUCUAAAACAUAUUUUUCCUGGAAAAGUAUUUUAAAAGAUAUUUCCAGCUUAGUCAGAUAUUUUUUAAGCACCUUAAAAGGAAAAUAAAGCUUUCUCUUGCCAAACUGUUAAGAUAACAUAAAGAUAUUUCAGUCAUAAAAAGCUAACUUUUAUUUAGAUACUAUUUAACAGUCCAACAUAAAUACAUUCAUUGUACCACUCAUGGCUCAAAAAUAUUCUGCACAUUGUGCCUCCAGCAAUGCUUCAGUCAUUAGAUCCAAAGUUUGUUCUCUUUUGUAGAGUGUAAAUUCUUUGUCCUUCUGGAGAUGGGAUUUAGGGAAAUAUUUUUCUUUUAUGAUCAAAGGUGACUGGGUGCCUGCAGUGCGCAGAAAGGAUGUCAGUGAGACUGCGCUGCCUUCCCACAUUUGCCAGUGUGAGAAUGAGGUCAAUGGAAGCCUUAGCCUCAUUGAAAUGCUAUACUUGCUAGGCUCAGGAGGGCUAUAGAUUGACCUAAGAGCUGAGCUGGCAUGUCGGAUCAGGUCAGUUUGGUGAGGCGAGGUAGAUUCAUGAUUCAGAGAUGGGUCUCAAAUGGGGCAGGAAGGCAGCUGGUGGCAGAUGCAGGAGGAAGACUCCUGCUGCAUGGAAGUAACUCUGGUUCCUGGAUUUGUUUUGUGAACUACUACCAGGGGUCCCCAAAGAACUGCACUGAUUAGGCUUCACAGCACCCUCUACAAGUGGAUGUAGUGCAAAGCUAAAAGUUGCCAUUCAGUCCCAGAGCCAGCCAUUUCUCAUACUCAUGCAUUCUCCUGCCUGUUUCAGGUGGGCAGCAUACUCACACAAUAGGUGGCGCACCUGAAAAUUCCUUUGAGAAGAUAUCAUGGGUCACUCACAGCCAAUUCCCACCCCCAACCUACAAACUGAUUUUCAAUUGCUGGACAUUUCUUUGUCCAGCAAAUAAAGGGUAGACAACAAUUGAGAUUCAGCCUCAAUAUUUCAUAACAAAGGGCUUUCAAGGUUAUAAAUGAGCAUUGUUUCUUUAUUUUGCUUCUAAUACUCAUUUUAAGUUGUCAGCAAAAAUUAGAAUAAAAAUAAUACAAUAAAAGUUUAACAAAACACCAGAACUACAUUAGCACAUUAAUACUGUGGCAAUGGGAACUGGUUAGAUGCUGGGAAUUUUGCAGCAAGUAACUCAGUAACUUAAUUCCCGAAGCCUAUCCAAGGUAUGAGUUCAGCGUGGGAUGAGGCAUCCCCUACUUGCCUGGAUGAGUGCAACACCAACAGCAUUCAAUAGCUCUACAUAUUCAGGACAAAGCAGUCCACUUGGUUGGCACCCCCAACCACCAUCAACAUUUUCUCCCUCUACCACCAAAGCACAGUGGCAGCAAUGCAUACCAUCUACAAGAUGCAUGGUAGCAACUCACUCAGGUCCAGAGAUAGUAGGUUCCAAACCGACGAUCUCUACCACCUAGAAGGAUAAGGGAAGCAGAUACAUGGGAACACCACCAUCUGCAAGGUCCCUGCCAAACCAGACACCAUGCUAGCUUGGAACUUUGUCACUGUUCCUUCACUGUCACUGGGUCAAAAUCCUGGAACUUCCUGUCUAACAGCACUGUGGGUAUUACUACAUCACAUAGACUGCAGCAGUUCAAAAAGGCAACUCACUCCUACCUGCUCAAUGGCAGUUAGGGAUAGGCAAUAAAUGCUGACCUAGCCAUCAAUACCAACAUCCAGUGAACGAAUUAAAUAGAAAUACUCACUUUGUCAGCCAUUAGCUGCAGUGAGAGAAAUAGAGUUAACUUUUUAGGCCAAUUAUCUUUCAUUAGAACUCAGACUCUAUGGUAUUUUGCUUUUCUAUUAAAGAAAAUACUGUCGCUAAUUUAUUUUAUCAGUAUAAGCACAUUUCCCUUUGUCUUUACUUUUAACAGGGCACAGUACACUAUAUAGACUUCAAUCACCUGAUCAAAGUAUUGAUAAGAAGUUCAUUCUAAUUAUGAUCUCCUACAACAUUUUACUGUUUGAGAAUCUACUUCAAUCUUACUCAUUGGCCAGGUGCUCUAUAAUGUCAUGUUGCAUCAAUCUGAAAAUAUAAUAUUUUUUUAACUUCUUUCCAUAACUGAUCAAUUCCUUUACUCCAGGUGAUGAAAUACUGGAUUUUCUUAGCUGUUUCACCAAAUUAUCAUUGUACCUUUGGAAAGAGUCUGAUGGAUCAGUUUGGAAAAUGACUGACAUCUGGGAAAUCCCCCCUUUAAAGGCUGGCCCCUUCCCAACCAACUAUUUUCCAGCAGGCACAUUUGUGAAUGGGGAGUCAAUGUAUUGUAAGUUCCUCAUUCCAAAUUCAACCUGGAUGUGAGUAGCCCAGUUAUAUGAGGCAUACCAACCUGCAGAUUGGCAGAGAUGAGGAUCACCAGAGGAACUAGCCUCAAGAGACAACCUGAACCCAUGAAAGUGGUGUGAUUACAUGGUCUCUCUGAAGUCCAAGACCAUCAUUUCCGAAUGAAGUUCAGGCCUGGGCUUCAUAACCAUCCCUUCUUCCUACUUUCCAGAUGGAAGUUAGACAAUUGAACAUCCUGCAACAUGGGACAGGCUGGUGCCAGACACAUGGCCAUAAUGGAGUUGGUGCUCACUGACUUUACCAACCUCCAACUUACCACUGCACUGUGACAGUGUUAGUGCUACACCGUGCCAAUGGUGAAAUACCAAAGCAAUUACUGCGAUUGCAACCUUUGUAAUUUCGGGGCUUUUACAUAGGGUUUUCAUUUAUUUUUGUCUAUAACGUUUUGCACAAAUGUUUAAAAAUUGUAUGCUUCCAAAAUAUAUUUAAGUUACAUAAAUAUAGCAGACUCUACUAGUGCAAUGCAAAAAUUAACGUCAGAUGGUUUGUGCAUAGACAAUUAUGAGUGGUGAAGUUUUUCCUCACCAUUCAGAAAGGUUUGAUUUCUUUUUAUGCUGUUACAGAAUGUACUGCUACUGUGAUUCUCAGGUUCGGCUUCAGUGAGCUCCAGCAGGGCUGGGUGACUUUAUAUUACAUAAUUAAUUAUGUUUUGUGUACAUGAGUCAUACACUGACAGUGAAUUUACCUGAGAUGUCUAUGCCAAUUAUUGUCUUAUACGUUGACUUUGGACCGUUACCUAAUACAUGCAAGUAUAGAUGAAAAUGAUGUUGCAAUAACAAUAGAAAAAAUUUUGUAUAUUGAUGUGCUGUGUCAUUGAUUGACAUUAAUCCGUCAUUUCCUUUGCCAAAGCCUUUUAAUAAUUUAAGGAUGUUGAUCCUCUUUGAAUGUUUUAAUGUACAGAUUCUCACAAUCCGCAGAAACAGUUUUCUUGUGUAAUUCCUGUCAGUAUAAUCUGAAACCCGUUGGUUUUAUCCUUUUAAAUGUCUACCAUCACUGCAGGACUGAUUUCACUACACAUUCUGAAAGUGUAGGCAGGUGCUUAAAAAAAACAUAAAUUAGAAUGCCUAGAUUUAAUAUAGCAGCAUAACAUUUUAGUUCAGCUAUUCAUUCAUAUAUGCAUGACAGAGUUUUAUGUUCAGCUGCUUGAUAAUAUUUAAGAUGCUUUAAUGCAGAACAAGUAUUCUUUGCAGGCAUUUCUGAUGCAAUAUACAAUUCAUAGUGAUUGAACAAGCUUGUACAUAUUUCUACUGGAUACCUCAGUGAAUUUAAGGCAGUAACUACUCUCAGGUUUUUGGUUAUUCUGACAGAAAUAGCACAAGAGGUUAAGCUGAACAUUUGCAUUUAUGCCAAGAGAAAUAUCUUGCACAACUGAAACUUAUUGUCUAAAUAAAAACCAAAAGAACUGCGGAUGCUGUAAAUCAGGAACAAAAACAAAGUUGCUGGAAAAGCUCAGCAGGUCUGGCAGCAUCUGUGGAGGAGAAAACAGAGUUAACGUUUCGGGUCCGGUGACCCUUCCUCAGAACUGAGCUUUUCCAGCAACUUUGUUUUUGAAAAUUAUCGUCAGCUAUUUGAAUCUGAGUGGCUGAGCUUCACUUCUAGUUUCUGUCGAUGAAAUUCUCUGCCAUUUCAUUACUUGGAACUUUUAUGGAGAAUUUCAGAUGCUUAGUUAAUCAUCACUUGCUGAAUCAGGAUUGCCAGAACACACAGUUGGCAAUGGAAAAUCUGAGACUUCCUCAAAGAUGUCCAAUUUUGCUUUGUGUGCUGCCAGUGUCACUGAUGUCUCAUCUGUGAGAUAUCUGUUAAGUUUCUAGUUGACUCCAGUUGGAUUCUAUUAUACCAAAUGUUGUAUGCAACAGAACCAAUGAGCUUUUCCCUGGGUUAUGUCUCACAGUUCAAUGAAUGUUGCUCAGUAGAACGCAGGAGAUGGUAUUGUGAAGAUGCCAGCUUCGCCUGCCUGGCCAGAUCAGCUGAUCAUGUAAUUGAGCUACAAUGUUAUAAAUCCUAUCUGUUGAAGCUCAUGCUAAGAUUCUUAGAAUUUCUGCAGAUGUGUGCAUAAAUAUUGUAAAUGAUUUGAUAUUGAUCUAUGCAAGCAACUACCUUUGUUUCUUUUGAAUCUUAUGUGUCAAACGUAACUUUUAAUAAUGUUUAUAUAAACCAACCUGUUUACUUUCAAAUACUGUUUUGUAAAGAAGAAAGAAAUUGUGUUCAGACAAGUAAAUGUUAUUGUGCAAAAUAGUAGGAGAAUGUUGCAUUUGAUGCCAUGCUUGAUAUUCCAUUGUUAAUAUGGAGAACAAUAUUGGAUUGCUGCACUAAAACACUUUGUAAAAAUAUAGAUCUUU